AUGGCGCCGACGACAUCUCUACGCAACAUUUUCACCUACGCUUCCAACUUGCUCUCGCAGGUACCCCUACAGCUCUCCGACUUCCCGAACCCACUCGGCUCCGUACUCGCGCCGCCCGCUACCGAUAACAACGCCGUAAACGACCAUCAUGCUCCGGCCGCGAUAACACCAUAUAUCCCGCUUUCGGGCGCGGGAACCUGUCCCAUCGAUGUGCCCAUGAGCUGUCACAAUCAAACAGCCGGGGACUCUUGCUGCUUCAUCUACCCAGGCGGAAGACUCCUGCUGACCCAGUUCUGGGACGAAGAGAUUCAUGUUGGCGGUUCGGAAGAAGAUUGGACGUUACAUGGUCUUUGGCCCGAUCUUUGCGAUGGUUCGUAUGAUCAGUUCUGCGGCAUGGCCCCUCGGUUCAAUAAUAUUACCGAGAUUUUGAAGCACUACGGACAAGAAGAGCUUCUCGAGCACAUGAACAGAUACUGGGUGGCCAAGUACGGCGGGAACGCUCAUCUCUGGGCCCAUGAAUACAACAAGCACGCCACCUGCAUCAACACGCUGGCUCCAUCAUGCUACGAGUCCACUUACACUCCCGGUCUCGAGGUGGUUGACUACUUUACCCGCGCAUUUGGUCUCUUCAAGAUGCUGGACACGUACAUGGCCCUGUCGCAGGCGGGCAUUGAGCCCGACGCCCACAAGACGGUCAGCCUGGCCAAGAUCCAAAAGACGCUCGAGGAGUUUAGCGGCGGCAAGGUGGUGCUCAAGUGUUCUGGCCGAAGGCACGAUGUUCUCCAUGAGGCCUGGUACGUGUACUUUGUCAAGGGCAGUCUGCAAGGAGGCGACUUUGUGCCGGCUCGAGAUAGCUUCAAGGGUGACCAGACGGAUUGUGCCGAGCACGUCAGGUAUUUGCCCAAGAGGAGUAAGGGCCGUCAUCACUGA